AUGGCGUCAGCAUCGACGUCGACAUCUGCUUCAGUUGUAAACGGUGUUACUAAUGGCAACAAACGAAAGAAGGCGCGUAAUGCGUCUCCUCAAACUGUACCAUUGCCUGUACCAUGUGAUGAUAAAGAGGGACACUUAAUUAUCAUCGAGAAUAGCGAAUUGGAUGGAAGAUACAGAAUACAGAAGUUGUUAGGACAAGGAACAUUUGGAAAAGUAGUUGAAUGCUACGAUAGACUAGCGAGGAAGAAUGUUGCGGUGAAGAUUAUAAAGAGCAUACAGAAAUACAGAGAUGCCUCAAGGAUCGAACUCAGAGUGCUCAAUAAGCUUAGGGAUAAUGACCCCUCGAAUUUACACAAAUGCAUCGAAAUGAUUGACUGGUUUGACUUCAAGAAUCACAUAUGUAUAGUCUCAGAUCUACUGAGUGAAUCAGUUUAUGAUUUUCUAAAAUCGAACAAGUUCACACCCUUCCCUUUGACACAAAUACAAGAGAUCAGUUUUCAGCUUCUGAAAUCGGUUGCUUACUUGCAUUCACUAGGAUUAAUUCACACAGACCUUAAACCGGAGAAUAUACUUCUCGUUUCUAAUAAAUCAAGAAUGGAACUCGCAACAGAGAGGAGGCCCCAGAGGAAGGUCCUGAUGGAUACAGAUAUAAGGCUGAUAGAUUUUGGAAGCGCAACAUUUGAAAAUGAGUACCACAGUUCAGUUGUGAGUACCCGGCAUUAUAGAGCGCCUGAAAUUAUACUAGGUCUUGGAUGGUCAUACCCUUGUGACGUCUUUAGCCUUGGUUGUAUUAUAAUAGAAUUGAUCACUGGAGAGGCGCUUUUUCAAACGCACGAUAACCUGGAGCACCUCGCCAUGAUGGAAAUAGUAAUGGGAAAAAUGUCAGAGGAUUUCGCUAGGCGGAGUUCUAGAGUCAAGCCAGAGUUCUUUAGGGGAACUAAAUUAGAUUACCCUAAUAACACGACGACGAAACAAUCAAAGAAGGUUGUUAAAGCUAUGAAAUCAAUUGACCAGAUAAUAAAAACAAGGGAUUUAUCAUCUCUACAGUUAAUUGACCUUCUGCAAAAAAUGCUGACAUUCGACCAAGACAAGAGAAUAAAAAUAUCGGAUGCAUUACAACAUCCAUAUUUCAAAUCAAAAAUUUUUGUUGAAUGA